UUGCUGCUCUCUUACAUGUCACCUUUAUACUCCAACAAUACUCACCCAACUCAUAACUCUCGUCUACAGCUAACUCAUCUCUCUCUCUCUCUCUCUCUCUCGCUUUAAUUUCAUACACGCGGAGAGUCGCAGACUCUUUUCUCAGUUCUCUGAACCUUUCAAAGCUUAGCCGACCAUGGCGGCUCGGAGGAUCUCUUCUCUGCUCUCUCCUUCUUCUCUUUCCUCUCUCUCUUUCGGUCGGUACUCUAACUGGGGCAGAGGCAUCAAUAGGUUUAGUACCGCUGUUGCAUUUGAGGAACCAAUCACACCGCCUGUUCAAAUAGAUUAUACCCAGCUUCUCAUCAAUGGACAAUUCGUGGAUUCCACAUCAGGGAAAAAAUUUCCAACCCUGGAUCCCAGGACAGGAGAUGUGAUUGCUCAUGUCGCUGAAGGUGAGGCUGAAGAUGUCAACCAAGCAGUGUCUGCUGCUCGCAAAGCAUUCGACGAAGGACCAUGGCCAAAGAUGACUGCUUAUGAAAGAUCACGAAUAAUGUUGCGGUUUGCUGAUUUGCUUGAGAAGCACCGUGAUCAUAUUGCGGCUCUUGAAACUUGGGAUAAUGGGAAGCCUUAUGAACAGGCUGCAAAUGAAGAAAUACCAUUGUUGAUACGCCUUUUUAGAUACUAUGCUGGUUGGGCGGAUAAGAUUCAUGGGCUUACAGUUCCCGCUGAUGGGCCAUACCAUGUCCAGACCCUGCAUGAACCCAUAGGUGUUGCAGGACAAAUUAUUCCAUGGAAUUUUCCUCUUCUGAUGUAUGCUUGGAAGGUUGGGCCCGCAUUAGCGUGUGGUAAUACUGUUGUACUGAAAACCGCUGAACAGACACCAUUGUCUGCCCUGUAUGUGUCGAAGUUAUUUCAUGAGGCUGGACUUCCUCCUGGUGUUUUGAAUGUUAUUUCUGGCUUUGGUCCUACUGCUGGAGCAGCACUGGCUAGUCAUAUGGAUGUGGAUAAGCUUGCUUUCACGGGGUCUACUGACACUGGUAAGAUUGUACUUGGGUUAGCAGCAAAAAGCAAUCUUAAGCCAGUGACUUUAGAGCUUGGAGGGAAAUCUCCUGUCAUUGUGUGUGAGGAUGCUGAUGUUGAUACGGCUGUUGAGCUCGCACACCUUGCCCUGUUCUUCAAUCAGGGACAGUGUUGCUGUGCUGGAUCUCGUACAUUUGUACAUGAACGUGUGUAUGAUGAAUUUAUAGAGAAAGCAAAGGCACUCGCUUUAAAACGUGUAGUUGGUGAUCCCUUCAAAAAGGGUGUUGAACAAGGUCCUCAGAUUGAUUCCGAGCAGUUUAAGAAGAUUCUGAAGUACAUUAGGUCUGGUAUUGAAGGCGGUGCUACUCUUGAAUCUGGAGGUGAAAGAUUUGGGUCCAAAGGCUAUUAUAUUCAACCUACUGUUUUCUCAAAUGUCCAGGACAACAUGUUGAUAGCAAAAGACGAGAUAUUUGGCCCCGUACAGUCCAUCUUGAAAUUCAAGGAUCUCGACGAGGUGAUUCGAAGGGCAAAUAUGACUCGCUAUGGGCUGGCUGCUGGAGUUUUUACUCAGAACAUAGACACUGCCAACACUUUGACGCGUGCAUUGAAAGCUGGGACAGUUUGGAUUAAUUGCUUUGACAUCUUCGAUGCUGCAAUUCCUUUUGGUGGGUACAAGAUGAGCGGGCAGGGAAGAGAAAAGGGUAUCUACAGCCUUAAUAACUACCUGCAAGUUAAGGCUGUUGUUACUCCUUUGAAAAGUCCAGCAUGGUUGUAAUUUUCUCUCUCUGGUUUUCCGUCUCAGUAAUCAAUAAGUAUGAACAAGAAAUGGUAUAUCAUCUAUAUGUAAGGUUGAAUCUUCUGAAUAAUAACUACUGUUACAUAAAAUUUGUAUCAUCUAUUUAUCUUUGCUUCAUUUUGUUUC